AUGCAGAGCUCAUUCCUAGCGACGGAGGCCCUCAUCAAGAGCGGAGCACCGCUUCGUGACCAGGGGGCUCUCGUGGACAAGGGCUGCCAGGAGGCCAUCGAGUGGGCCAUCAUUGCUGGGCUCAACUUUGAAGCAGAGGGGCGCGCGGCAGGCGAGCCUCGGGCCUGGCCUCAGAUCGCAUCUCAGGCGCAGCAGGUGGCGCUUGCCAACAUCAGCUGCGCGGCCGCCUACUUCGCGAAGGACGCGCUGGAGCCGCUGAGCGACCUGGACAUCGACAAGCUGAUCAAGUUUAAAGGGAUCGGCUACAGCGGACAGGAGGUUGAGCGCGGGGGGCCACUGGUGAUGGGCGAGCUUCUACCAGGGCUGCCCAAGCCGGGAUUGGCAGGUUCCGUGCAGGCCAUGGAUCUCGCAGCUCCGCAUGUGCAGGAGUGGUUGUUGGACCCCACGCUGCUCCUCAAGCCUCAGGAUGAAUGGCCAGAGGAGGUCCCGAAAGUCAGCGUGCAAGUGGCAAGCGACGACGAGCGGUACACCCUGUGCAAGCACUUGGUGGACGCUGGCAUCUUCGAGCCUGUCGAGGACCGGGAGAUCUUCCAGGUCGGGGGGAAGCAGGUCCUCGCGGGGGCCUUUGCAGUUGCGAAGUCGGGGACCCCAACGCCGCCCUUCACGAGGGUCACCAGGCUCAUCAUCAACAUGGUGCCGCAGAAUGCCUACCAGCGGAUUGCUGAGACCGACCUGGACACGCUGACCCCCAGCUCGACGUGGGCGUCCAUCGUCGUGCCUGAUGGCCAGGCCUUGUUGUGGUCGUCAGACGACCAGUCGGGGGCGUUUCAUCUGUACGCUCUACCGAAGGCCUGGCGGGGGUACAUGGCGUUGCGCAAACCGGUGCCUGGGUCGCUGGCGGGGCGGCCGCAGCUCAAGUGGGUCAAGAUGGCGGUCGCGGUGAUCCCGAUGGGCUGGCUGUCUGCAGUGAGCUUGUUCCAGCACCUGCAUCGGCGGCUAGGCAUCGGUGAUGGGCCUCACAGCGCGGGGUUUGAGGAGAAGGUAGAGUGGCGGCGUGACCGCCCGCUGCCGCUUGUGCCUCAAACCAAGGCCCAGGCGUGGGUGCAGUACUACCUCGACGAUUUCGAUUCCCCCGAGAUCGUGCCCGAGAGCGUCGCCACCCUCAUCGAGGGGACCAUCAGCGACUCUCAGGAGCGCCAGCGGAGGGCGUGCUCCUCUGCCCGCGUCCCCUGGUCGGACAAGAAGGCGGUGUGUCGGCAGCGUCGCCUCGUCAGGAUGGGCGCCCUCGUGGACGGGGGCGCCGGCCGCGUGGGGGUCACGAUUGACAACCUGAUGAGCGUCGGGCAGAUGAUCAUGUGGCUGCUUGCUGGCAGGGAGAAGGUGACCGCCAAGGCCUGCCUCAUGGUGCUUGGGCGGCUUGCCCGAGCGUUCGAGUUUCGCAGGCCGCUCUUCGCGACGCUCAACGAGGUAUGGAUCAUCCCCGAGCUGAGGGCCGCCUCAGAGCGGGGGGGGAGCGCCCUGCAGCAGGUUGUUCGCCUGCCCGAGGGGGCGCGCACCGAGCUGCUGGCCGCCCUGUGCUUGCUGCCGAUGGCGUUCACCAGCAUCCGCGCGACCUUCGACCCCGUCGUCCUCGCCACCGACGCCGGCGAGGAGGGCGGCGGGCUGUGCUACUCGACGGGCUUCACCAAGCAUGGGGCGGAGGUGGCGGGCGCUGACCCUGGUGAGGAGGGGCUCGCCUUCCUGCCACGGGGCGCUAUGUCAUCGGUAGUGCCGCCGGAGCUGCUGCCUCGAGGGGUGCCCUUGCCGACAGUGGCGCUCUUCGACUUCUUUGGUGGGAUCGGCGCGGCGAUGGUGGCCUUGUCGCGGUGCCCCUGCAGGGUCGUCAUGUACGCUUCUUCGGAGAUAGACAAGGGGGCCAAGAGGUGCGUCAGCUAUGCGAUUGCAGGAGGCGGCUCGCCGUGUAUUGACGUGAGCGGGCUCAAUGCAGCUGGCAAGGGGAUCACUGGUGCGAAGAGCAAGCUGUUCUUCGAGCUGCCCAAGGCCUUCAGAACCAUCGAGCGGGUCUUCGGCAAGCAGCGCACCAAGUGGUUCGUCGAGAACGUGGCGGGCACGCCGCAGGACGACAUAGCGAUGGUCUCCGAGGUGCUUGGCGUCAAGCCGUACCGCAUCGAGGCCAUGGAUGUGGGGGCGGUGCGUAGGCCGCGCCUGUAUUGGCUCUCCUGGCAGCUGCAAGCCCGCGACGAUGUGAUUGAGAUCCAGGAGGCUGAGUUCUACCACAGGGUGAAGCUCCAUGUCGCUGCUGAGGCCGUCCCAGUCUGGGCUGAAGACGGCUGGAGCCUGCUUGAUCCUAGUCACGCGCUGGCAACCUUCGCUAAGCUGCACAAGAGGAGCUCUGCCCCAGCCCCGGUCGCAGGGAUCCAGACGGCCAGCGACAUCGCGAUCGAACGAUGGACAGCCUCCAGCUACGUGACGCAGGUGUACAAUUUUGAGGAUCAGAACUUCUUUUUGGAACGCGGCCAGGGACAAGACUCUUUGCCUGUUGUUGAGGCGGAAAUCAUCAGGUCGUCGCUCAUCGGGAACUCGUUCUCCGUGCAGGUCGUGUCGUACUUGUUUGCGCGGCUCUUGGCUCGAGAGGCUGGCCGUGCGGCCCCCGACAUCGCGCCGCUGCUCCGCACGGGGGCGGCGCCGCCAUCGUGGGGCCAGGAGCCCGAGUUUGGGGGCGCCGAGGUUAGUGAUCCUGACCUCGAGAGGCGGCUGGUGUUCAAGUACCUGCGGAUCGCCAGCAGAGGAGGUGCAGACGUCAGACUAGACCUGCAGGCCCCCUUUCGUGCCAAGGCCUGGCCGCGCUCCGGGCUGCAGUCCAACCUGUGGACGCGGUCCAUUGGGCGCGGCUUCCCGUGGAGGCAGGAGGCGCACAUCAACGAGCUGGAGGUGGGCGCAGCUGUGAAUGCGGUCAAGUGGCGUGCCCGAACGACAGCUCGAUUUGGGACCCGCUACCUCCACCUCCUCGACUCGCAGGUGGCGGCCAGCGUGCUCGCCAGGGGGCGGUCCAGCGCCAGGAGACUCUGGGGCUGGAUGCGGGCGCACGCGUCGUGCCUCCUCGCCUGCGGCAGCUACCCGCUGUACGCGUACGUCGACACGGCCGCGGCAGCGCGGCUCAAGCGGGCCGUGGACGCCAAGCGGCUCAGGCGUAGCAGGCCGCUUCAGGAUGGAAGAGUUGCUGCAGUCACCAGGCAGCGCCAUGAUCAGGCGCGACAGCACUUACGAGAUUUUUUCAACGAGCAGCAGCUGCGCCCAAAGAGUGUGCGAGAUGUUGACCAAGGCGUUGCCCUGCACAUCGAGCACGCAUGGCGCGCGGGCGGCUCACUACUUGCAGUGAACAGUGUGCUCGCUGCGGUGCCAUUAUUCAGCCCGUCGCUGUCGGGCAAGUUGAAGCAGAGUUGGAAACUCCAAAAGACUUGGCUUAAGUUGGAGCCCAACGCCCGUGCCAUGCCGAUGCCGCCGCUGCUCGCCCUCGCCUUUGCAGGGGCCUUCUGCUGGUGGGGCUUGCCGCGGGUGGGCGCCUUGCUCGCCGUCGGCUACGCAGGGAUGCUGCGCAGUGGUGAGAUGCUUCAACUGAGGCGGAAGGACAUUCGCAUUUUUCAGCGGCGGAUGUCAGCUAUCGUGGCGCUCCGCAACACUAAGACGGGGCAGCGAGACGGCAGGCUUGAGCUCGUCAUGAUCCGCUCCAGGGUCGCGGUGAAGCUGCUGGUGCAGCAUGUGCAACAGCUACCGCCAGACGAGCUCAUCCUGAACACCGAGAGGGGUGAGUUCACGCGGCUCUUCAGGCGCGCGGUGGUCGCGCUGGGCCUCACCGACGAGAGGGUGACCUUGUAUUCGUUUCGGCGCGGAGGCGCCACGCAUGACUUCUUGGAGCAUGGCAGCCUCGAGCUGACCCUUCUGAGAGGGAGGUGGGCGAGCGCGCGGUCUGCACGGGUCUACGUGCAGGACGCUGUGGCCGCGCUGGCCGAGCUGCAGCUGUCGGAUCUGCAGCUUGCGGAUGCCCGCGCGCUCGCCUCCCAUGUCUGA